UACUGUCUGGUCCGCUGCACACAGCCUGAAGGUGCGUCCGCCCGCGCGAGCGAGCGAGCAGUCAGCCAAGGUGUGUGUCUGUGUGUCGCAGGUGAGCUUGAGGGUAUCCAGGUACGAGCCAACUUUCAAAGUUCCCCUCACCUGGCUGGCUCGCACGCUGUCUCACCUUCACUUCUCGCGCUGGCAACCGAAUCACCUGUCCCCUCAGCACCCUCUUAGCGAGCGCCUUCGUCUAUUGUUAACUUUUAAAGAAUUUUUCUUCUUUCAAUAUUUUAUUUAUUUUUUCAACUCGACCAUACGGAGACUUCGUCCUAAUAAUAGAAGCGAUUUCUCCAGUUUGACAGCCUGCACAGGACCGACUGUCAUCACAGGAAUGAAAGAGUUGAGACCAGUCGCCACAGUCACCUCCGUCUGACGAGAGUCUCCCCAAGUUCUUCAUAACGUCUCGUCCUGACCUCUGACCUGCCGACUAGUGACCAGCGUGUAUAGCAAGGCGGAUUAUUUCAAUUUCUACCCAGGGUGUGUCUAGUGUUGAACAUCUUCAGAGGUUGCUGUAGACAAGAGCGAGUAGUCCAGUAUGGCGGAAAGUCGUCUGCACUGGGGAGAUAUACUUGUCAUCGUCGGCUACUUCAUAUCUGUCAUCGCUGUCGGAAUAAUCUCGUCAUGCCGCAACAGAGGCAGUAUAGGCGGUUACUUCCUGGCGGGACGAACCAUGCACUGGAUACCGGUGGGGGCCUCGCUGUUUGCCAGCAACAUCGGCAGCGGCCACUUCGUGGGUCUGGCUGGCUCCGGGGCAGCGAGUGGCAUCGGCAUCGCUGUCUUUGAGAUUAAUGCUAUCAUCAUUCUGAUGAUUCUGGGCUGGCUGUUUGUCCCAGUAUACGUUGCGGCAGGCGUCUUCACUAUGCCGGAGUAUCUCCGAAAACGUUUCGGGGGACAGAGGAUACGAAUCUACCUUUCUGUGCUGGCCUUGCUCCUGUAUGUGUUCACCAAAAUCUCUGCCGACCUGUACUCCGGAGCCAUCUUUCUGACACAAGCCAUGCCAGAGCUCAACCUCUAUGUCGCAGUCAUCAUCUUGCUCGGUGUGUCCGCCAUCUUUACCAUCGGAGGAGGACUGACCGCCGUUAUCUGGACAGACUUCAUCCAGACCAUCAUCAUGGUGGUGGGGGCCUUGAUUCUGAUGGUCAUGAGUUUCCUCAAAAUCGGCGGCUACGAAGCUUUGCAGAAGAAGUUCUUCGAGGCCUGGCCCAACACCACGCUCGCUCACUACGGCACCGACUCCAACUACAGCUACACCCAGUGCGGCAUCCCCCCCGCCAACUCCUGGCACCUCAUCCGCUCCUACGAUGAUGGCGGCCUCCCUUGGCCGGGGGUCAUCUUCGGCUUGACCAUCUCCUCCGUGUGGUACUGGUGCUCGGACCAGGUGAUUGUCCAGCGCGCCCUGGCGGCCAAGAAUCUUGCCAACGCCAAGGCCGGAGCCCUGCUGGCGGGCUACCUCAAGUUCCUCCCCAUGUGGCUCAUCGUCUUCCCGGGCAUGAUCGCGCGUGUUCUCUUUCCAGACAAGAUCGCCUGUGGAGAUCCCGACGUCUGCGAAAGCAUCUGCGGGAGUCGAUCGGGGUGCACCAACAUCGCCUACCCGACCUUGGUGCUGGAGCUGAUGCCGGACGGCCUCCGCGGUUUGAUGCUGGCAGUGAUGAUGUCGGCGCUGGUGUCGUCGCUGACCUCCAUCUUCAACUCCUCGUCGACCAUCUUCACCAUGGACAUCUGGCGCCGCAUCCACAAGAACGCAUCGGAAGUGGAGCUCAUGAUUGUCGGACGUUUGUGUGUAAUCAUCCUGGUGGGGGUCGGCAUCGCAUGGAUCCCCGUCGUGCAGAACAUCUCGGAGCUGUUCCAUUACAUCCAGGCCAUCACCAGCUUCCUGGCGCCGCCUGUGUGUGCUGUCUACGUCCUCGCCAUCUUCUGGAAGCGCAUCAACGAGCCUGGAGCAUUUUGGGGUCUCAUGGUUGGCCUGGUGGUGGGCUUGGUCCGCUUUGCGUGGGAGUACGCCUACCCUAAUGUGCCUUGUGGCGAGGAGGAUAAAGACAAGCGGCCGGGCAUCAUCAGCAAAGUCCAUUAUCUGCACUUCGGAAUCAUCCUCUUUGUCAUCGUCUGCAUUGUCACCACAGUCAUCAGUCUGCUAACGAAACCUAUUGAUGAAAUCCACCUUCAACGGCUGACCUUCUGGACCCGCUUUAGCACGCUGAAGAGGAUUGACAUCUCAGAGGCAGAAGCAGACGACAGUGCUCCUUCAGAACCAGUGAAAGAGGAGAGCAAGAAACAUUCACCCCUAAAUAUAACUGACGCUCCAUACGACAGCUUGCCGUGGUACAAGAAGAUGUGCCAGUGGAUCUGUGGCAUCGAGAAGAUGGCCGGCGACCAUCAGAUGACGGACGCCGAGAUGCGGGCUCUGGAGGAGAAGCAGACGAGCAUCCACGAGGAGACAUGCACGCGCCGCCUGCUCAACGUCAACGCCGUUCUCCUUCUCACCCUCGCCAUCUUCGUCUGGGGCUUCUACGCUUGAUCUUGUCUCUCCAUCACUUUCUUGAAGCAAGUCCUUCAAGCUAGUCUGGUUCCCCCAGGCCGCAGAUAGAUUAGCUAGCAUACGAGUGCUUUUGUUGUUAUUAUUGUCUGUUUUUUUUUUUUUUUUUCUGUUUUGCUUGUUUGUUUUUAUUCUUCUCCUAUUUUUAUUGAUGUUGGAUUUUAUUUUUUAUGUCGCUGAAAUUUGUAUUUUUAAUUUAGUUAUCAGAAUGUUUUAUUAUUUAUUAGUGCUGUUAUAGACAGAGGAUGAGAUAAAGAACAAACCACUGUAUAGUUUCUCGUAGAUUUUUAUACAUUUUUCAUGAAAACUACCCGUGAGGAUUUCGUCGACAAUAAUUGUGUCUCCAUCUUUCAUUUAAAAAAAUUAGCCUCUUAGAUUUAAAUUAUUAGUUAUUUGAUACACUUUUCAAAGUCCAGUAACAUAAUUAAACAUGUGUAGAGAUAUUUUGAACAUGCCUUUUGCUUCUUUCUUCAGCGAUUAAUAAGGUGGCUAUGGUCAUGACCGACAUGAUUUUGCUAGUUUUGCUUCUUGUUGUCUCUUCUCGCACACUGCAACCAGGAAUCAACGAGUGGAUAGCUUCCUUGCUAUCCUUGGUCACAAAAAGCAGUGUAGUGUACGUGCUAGUCAUUAGAGAAAUGUGAGUGAACUCUCAUUUUCAUUCACUGCAGUGCCAUAGGGUACAUAGAGAAGCUGUUGCUUUUUUCCCCUCUCUCACAUACACACACAAAACUGUCACAUGAACAAUCAGUUGUUAGUGUUUUUCUUUUUGGUAGCCGCUACAUAAAUAAAAUGUCCUGUGUCAUGGUCAAGGCCUGGCCUAACCCAGCUUGUCACCGUCUUGCUUCGUGCUUUCACGUGCACUGGCCAGUACCAAUGAAACAUUCCACUCCCCACAUUGAGCACUUGUGACCAUCCCCGCCAUAGGGAUACAUCUAUUCUAGUAUUCUGAAACAUAUGUAUUAACUGAUACCAUGCAUAUAUCUAUUACCAAUAACACUCAGAUACCUUUCAUUGUGAUUGUUGACAUGUCAGUAGGGAAAGCUCUCUCGGAUUUGUGAUGAACAAUCUUAUAACAGGGUCGGACAGUCGCACACAGAAGAUUGGUGCGAGAAAUAAAUUAUGUUUAUCGCGUGUUAUUUAUAUAUAAUCAGAGUGCGCACUUAAAGCGCAGCAUUAUUAUUUGGUAUUGUAUUACUAUAUUGACAUGUUGCAUGCUUUAUAUCUCGUGCUGAGUGGCAGCGUGUGUGACAGAGUGCGGCCGAAUUUUUUCAAAUUUUGAUUUUGGUUUUUGUUAUUUGGAGAAAGGGGGAGGGGGGUUGUUUGUUUUGCAUGCAUGGUCCUCAUCCAUUUUGUUGCACAAGGCUUGUGUCCUCAUCAACAGCCAUCAAUGAGAGUGUGAAGGUUGUCACAGGAAUGCAUGCCGUAUAUAUGUGAUUAAUUAUGUAUAUUUCAUUCAAUGGCAGUCACAGGCGAGUUGCAUGAUCAAUAUUUGCAAUAAAUCUGUCAGUCUAUCCUUGCAGUUAA